AUUCCGAGCGGCAGGCGCUGUUGUAGAGCGCGACUAAGUCCGCUUAGGGAAAUCUGCCGGGUGUCCGAAUCAGAGUUGAGUGGAAAAGGCCGCUUGAAAUAGUUACUUCUCCCCCCAGAAAAGAAAAUAAGAGAAACUGGAUUUUGUAAAUAAACUUACUUUCUCGCGAAAAAAAAUACAGAAGAAAAAGAGAACUUCGUGAAAUCUAUUUGUUUUGGUCGAGGAACUUGCAUUAAAGCAGUGGGGGGGACGUGAUGCUGGCGGCGGAGCACCCGUUGGAGAAAGGGGCCCGCGAAGCGACCCCGAGGAGAAAAAGUAUGGAGUGUAGAACAAAAUCCGACACAUCUGCAAAGAAGUUAGUCCAAGCUCGUCUCCCUUUUAAGCGACUCAGCACCACUCCAAAGCAGGACAGAGAACUGAUAGAGGCUAAAAAGCCUAAACAUGCCUCCUCUCCCAAACAUAUCUCAGUGGACCUUAACACUUCUGCCAGUGAUGUGGAGAAUGAGCAAAGUCAUCCGUUCCAUUUGGAGCAUCCUUCUUCUGCCAAGCUUGUUAAUGGCAAAGGACCUCUGGACAAUUUCAUGCAUCGUGGAAACAAAGUCAGAACCACUGAGAAAACUAAUAGCACUAGCAGCAAAGAUGCUUCUGUGAUGAUUGAUCUGACAGAGGACUCCAAUCCUGCCGCAAGUUGUGUUGAGAUGAUUUCCUCAACUAAUGAACAGAAUGAGAAUAAGUCUGCUGGACUGUCAAACGGUAUAGCAGAACAGUCUGGCAACUGCUCACAUUUAGAUAUGAAUUCCCCAUCGGAUUCUCUGUCCACUAAUUGUGACUGUAAGAUAGAAACAGACAAUCUCACAGAUGUUGGUUUGUCAUUGUCUUCCAGUCCAGAAAAGAAAAAUGAUUUUGAAUCUGCGAAUAAACUUAAUGCAAACAAUUGCUGCCAAGAGGUAGAUUCAGUGGUUCUUGGAAACAAAGUGGCCAAAGUUGUGCUUGAAAAGUUACAGACAUCUAGUAUUAACACAACAAUGAAUGAGGACGAGUCGGGUCCAGAAACCACAGUCUUGCUGUCUCCUUCCUCCACAAGCUCCCUCUCUACAACUGAAAGCUCUCCUGAGGAGUGUAGGACUGCAAGCAUGGACAGCACCCCUACCCAUAAGACGCCAGAAAACAACAAAAAUACAAGUGAGAAGAGUAAGAGACGUUCACUCAAGGACAUGGAACGGGAAGAAAAGCGGCGCAAACAGCAGGCAGAAAAGGAGGAGAGGGAUCGAAUACGAGAGGAGACCAAAGCUGCCAAGGAACGGGCAAAAGAGGAGGCCAGAAAAAAGAAAGAGGAGGAGAAGGAGGCUAAGGAAAAGGAGAGGAGAGAAAAGAAAGAAAAGGAAGAGAAAGAGAAGGCAGAAAAGCUCCGGGUGAAAGAAGAAAAGCGGCGUGAAAAGCAAGAUGCGCUUGAAGCCAAACUUGAGGAAAAGCGUAAAAAGGAAGAAGAAAAACGGUUAAAAGAGGAAAAGGAGCGCGUGAAAGCCGAAAAGGCAGGGAUUACCAGGUUCUUCAAUAAAAACAAAACUCCUCAGGCACCCAAGAAUCUCGUUGGUGCAUGUGGAAAGUUUGCUCCAUUUGAGAUCAGGGAAAACAUGGCACUUGCUCCAUUAAGUCGGGUCAUAUGUGAACCUAACGUUUUAGAGGAGUUAGAUUUGUGCCUGCAAGACCAGUGCCAAAGUAUGACUUGGAUUCAGGAAUUACAAACUAGGAAACCUCGAAGGUCUAGACCUACUUGGCCAAGAGUAUCAAGACUUUUGCCUGUAAAUGACUGUGUAGUUGUAGUGGAAGGCACAAAGCCUGAAGGGGUUCCUGAUAGAAAAGAAUGUGGCCUGAUGAAGUUGCUGCAAUUUCAUGAGAACUACCGUCCAGCCUACUGGGGUACCUGGAGUAAGAAGAGCAAAGUUAUAACUCCUCGUAGGCCUCUAAAUCAAGAUAAGGAUCACUUGGAAUAUGAAGUAGAUAGUGAUGAAGAAUGGGAAGAGGAGGAACCAGGAGAAUCUCUGUCGCACUCUGAGGGUGAUGAUGAUGAUGAUGGCGGAGAUGAUGAUGACGACGACGAUGGCUUCUUUGUUCCCCAUGGCUACCUAUCAGAAGGAGAAGGAGCAUCUGAAGAGGAAUGCAUGGAUCCUGAGAACCAAAAGGUACGUCAGAAGCUAAAGGCAAAGGAAUGGGACGAGCUGAUGUCCAAAGGAAAAAAGUUUAAAGUGCUGCAGCCUGUGGUGAUUGGGUGUAUGUGGGACAGUGAGAGCACGGAAGAGACAAAGCUGAGAAUGCUGAGGCAAUAUGAACUGUGUACUGUGGAACCACUGACUGCAGAAGAUUCCCCCUCAUCUGAGAGCAAGCUCAAAGAUAGGAAGGAGGACCACAUUCUGUCUCAGCUUCUACCUCUACUUCAUGGAAAUGUUAAUGGAAGCAAAGCAAUUAUUCAGGAGUUCCAAGAAUGUUGCCGCCGGAAUUCUCUGCCUUCUAGCACUCCUCCAGAAGGCUCAAACAGUCCCCAAAGCCCGGAGUCCCCUUUGGCAGUUGGUGAGGAGAGUGUUCCUUCAAAGUACCGCCUGAAGAGGCUGAUCUCUGAGAAUGCAGUGUAUGAGAAGCGUUCGACUCUGAGGCGCUCCUGCUGGUAUGUGCAUGAUGAAGUGCUGAAGCGUUUCUCACAGGAGUCUCUGCCUGUCCCUUGCCAGUGGAACUAUGUAACACAGGUUCCCUUUUCCAACCGAGAAGAUGGAACUGUUUUUCAGACAGGGACAGGAAAUAUGCCCAACACACCCCUUUCUGCAGCAUCAACAAAGAGAAAACCUGUUGGCAGCAUGUCCAUAACAAAGUUCAUGAAGAAAUCUUCAGAUCCUGAGCAGUCUGAUGCAAUGGAGACAGAUGGAUUUCAGGCUGACACAGAGGAAGAUGAAGAGGACGGAGACUGUAUGAUUGUUUGUGAAAAUAUCAAUACAGGUCCAGCUCAAAAAUGCCCAGUCUGAACCCUGGAAGUAGAUGCAAGCUCUCGACUUGUUACUGUACUAAGCCUGUACAGUGUUGUGCCUGAAUCAGAUUUCACUUGUACCUAUGUAGGGCUAUUCUAGUUUAUUUUCUCCCUUCAUGCUCUGUAUAAAUAAGUUUGCAAUACUUGAACAAAUGUCAUUACUUCUGUAUAGAAGAAAAAAAAAAUCUAAAUAAAAUUAAAAUGUAUCGCACUUUGCACCCCACCCACCCACCCACUUCAGGAGCCUGGAGUUUGCUUAGCUGCUGUACAGAGCCAGCAUGUUUGCUGUAACUUGCUGAUUAGGUAGGAUAUCGAACAGGAGGGUCUUGUACUUGAACCCUGCCAACCCCUACUCCUCCUUUUUUAUUUUUUAGAAAUUUCAGUAUGAAAUAUGGAUAAUAACUUGACAUUAAAUAAAGCAUUAUUUAAGAAAAAAAA